AGGCGGAGGGCGCCGCCGAGCAGGCGGCCGCGUGGGGCGCCGCCGCCGUCAGGGCGCUGGCCAAGCCGCUGGCCGACUUCCGGAGAGGCCUGCUGGCGGUCGAGCGGCAGCUGGCGGCCGAAUCUGCGGAGGAGCCCAUCCGCGAGGGGCAGAUCGCCGCGGCGCUGCGGGCGCUGGCCGACCCCGUCGCCGACCUCAUGAGGGGCAUCGACGGGCUGCAGGAGGCCCAAGUGGGCCAGCCCAACGAGGAACUCACCCAGCCGUUCCGGGAGCUGCAGAGGGGCCUCACUCAGGUGCAGCAGGUAGUGUUCGAAACGUCUCCCGAACUCAUACCGGCCUCCGGUGUCGUGAAGAAACUGACCGUGUCGUUACAAGAGGUGACCAAAAAACUAACUGACGUAGAUGCUGCGGUUGUAGGGUCACUCACGCCUGAAACAGAACUGGCGUCCAAAUUAACAGGCCUGGCUCAGCCGAUGAAGCAAUUAAAGAAGGGUCUGGUUCAGAUAGCCCAAGCGACUAGCUUCUCUGGGGAAGGACUCGACAUCCCCGCCAUUGCUACUCUCGUACAACCGCUGGUUCAACUGCAGAAGGGUCUCGAGAAGAUGGAGAGACAGUUGACUGCUGCUGCUCAGUCUGUCGACCCCACACCCGAGAAGAAACUCACCGCUAUAAUAGAGCCCAUUAAGGAAAUGCAGAAAGGAAUCAGAGCUAUUAAACGGCAAGCCAUCCUCGAACCCCAGUCUACAAAUCUGGAAUGUCUGGAGAGCCUCGUCCAGCCCUUCGAAAAUCUGAAGAGGCAACUGGAGGAAAUUGAAAGAAAGAGACCUGAGUCGCCUGGUAUAAGAUUGCUGGACGAGGUAGUAAGCGCGGCAGAGGCGCUGCACGCUGGAAUAGAGUCUAUAGAGAAACACGCUGCUCUCCUAGAUGCACGAGACAAAAGCAAGCUGGAGGUCUUGAGUACCCUUCAGGAGCCACUAACGGAGUUGCGUACACAGUUGUCUGAGGUGGAACGCUGUAGUCUGGAAGGCUCUGGCAAAGAAACUGUUACAGAAAUAAUAACAAUUUCAGCUUUGAAGAAGCUUGCGGAACCACUGAAAGAAAUGUCGAAAGCGAUAGAAAAUAUUGAUCAGCGGCUUCAUUAUGGAACAGAAGAAGUUACUGAGAAAAUGGACUUACCAGACAUUAAAAACUUGGCGAGUCCAAUCAGAGAAUUGCAACGAAGCCUUUCUGUUGUUCAGCAGCAGGCCAUCUUAGAAUCUGGCGUAGCUCAGGAUCUGACAGGACCGUCCAUCCUAGAGAGUCUGUUUCAGCCACUACAAAAGCUCCAGAAGAGCUUAGUGAUUGUCCAAGCUCGAACACAAGAGACUACCCAGCUGAAAAAGUCGAGCUCUGCCGUCAUUCAGGAACUAUCACAAUCUGUAGAAUCGCUGAAGAACGAAAUAGAUACUCUGCAGAAGGUGAAACUGACAGAAGUGAAGCCCAAAGUCCAGACCGGAACUCUGACUGUCCUAGAAGCACUGAAGAAACCUCUGGAGGAAAUGCACAAAUCUGUAGCGACCAUUGAGGAGCAGAUUGUAAAAGAAGCCGAGGCUAGGGGAAUACAGUCUGAAGUGGCGGAUCUGUCCGUAUUGGAAGGAUUUAUCGAACCGAUAAGGGCUCUCCAAGCAGAGUUGAAAUCUAUAGAUAAGGCCGCAUUAGAGGAAAAAUCCGCUACUGUCGCAGUGCUUGAGAAGUUGUCAGCUCCCGUGCUGGAGUUACGGCGCACUUUCGAGGCAGCGGAGCAACUGGCGACUCAGGAGGCGGAACCAGUCUACGGCAAGGCGUGCAUUUCUGCCCUGCAGAUACUCUCAGAGCCCAUUCGCAGCUUCGAGCAGAGUCUUGCCGCAGUGGAAGAGCACCGGGAAGCGGCGGCGAGGACCGCGCAGGUGAAGGAGCGCGUGAAGGUCAUCUCCGACGUAGCCAGACAAGUGCGGCGCGUGCACCACGGCGCGGAGGCGCUAGAGAAGUGCGCGUCGGCGGAACCCAAAACCAAACUGAGGCGCAAGUCGGGUCUGGCUGCGCUGGGCACGCUCUGCGCACCGCUCCAAGAAAUUCUGACCCAACUCCAGUCAGCCGAGGCCACGAUGACUUCGCCUAAGGAGACGGUGUCCGAAGAGGCCGCCGUCCAGUCGCUGGAGAGCUUAUCCCAGCCCCUUGAGGCCUUCGAGAGCGCCGUCCAAACUGUGCAGCGGCUCAUCUCCGAUCCAAACAGUGCUGAAGCUGAGCGCGGUGCAGCGGUAACCGCUCUCGCGAGUGCCGUCAGUGAACUGCGUCAAUGCGUAGCAAAAGUUUACCAGCAGGCAGUGCUCGAAUCGGGGGUCGGCCCCGGAAUGGAGAAGUCCUCCGUUCUCGCGCCUCUAACGGCACCUCUGCACCGACUUCAGAAGGCGCUCGCUGCGGUGGAAGAGCGAAAGAUGCUGCGAGCCGUCAAGAUCGAGCCGAGCGUCCAUAAAGCCAGCAUUCUAGUCCUGGAAAGCAUUUCCCACGCUGCUGAAGACCUCGCUCGAGCAGCCGACGUCCGAGAGGAGGCUAAACCCACCGCACUUGCAGUGCUGGCUGAACCACUGCUGAAGCUCAAGUCCAGUGCCGAGCAGGCGGAACAGCGGCUCGUAGAGUCCAGUGUAAAGGAGCUGCCACAUCGGGCGACAGUCGACAUACUACAAGGCGUAGCGCAGCCGCUGGAAACACUGGCUUUGACCAUAGAGCAAGAGAAGCCGCUGGAAGAAGUGGCGGCAUCUCUGGAGAAAGUACAGCACGGAAUAGCGACACUACAGCGUCAGUCCUCUGAAGAGGGCACAGCUCCAGAGAAACGUAUUCUGGCGGAAAUGGCAGGACCGUUGAGAGAGCUUCAGCAGAAAUUAGUGGUCCUGUCUGAGGAAGUAGCCAAGAAGGUUACAGUCAAAGAAGUACCAGUGCCAGAAACGCUCAAAGCUGUACGUUCGCGUGUAGAUGAAAUAAAGAAGGACAUCGCUCUUAUAGAGAGAACGGGCGAAGAAAUGACGGAAGCAGCUGCCAAAGAAACCUUAAAUCAGGUGAAAGAGAACCUCGCACAGAUACACGAGCAAGUCUUGCAAGAAGCAGAGGGAGAGAAGCUGGGUUCGGCACCUGCUGGAGUGUCAGUACUGGAAGCGUUGGCGACGCCAGUGGAGGAACUGCAGAAAGGUGUAGCUAUAAUCGAGGAGCAGAAGAUGCUGGAGACAGAUAUCGAAGCGAAAGUAGCUGCCAUUCUCCAAACUCUUGCCGGGCCAGCGCAAGAGUUACAGCGAAGUUUGGAGCGAAUAGAGCACCAGGUUCAGGCCCGAAGUGCCACCACUGAAGCGCUUCCGUCGUCCCAGCAGGCAACGGUGUCUCAAGUAGAUCUAGAAGGAGCGAGUGCCGUCCUCGCUACAGCUGAGUCGCAGAUUGCGGGAGCCUGGGAAGAAGCCCAAACGACGGCUCCACUGGAGCCGUCGGCAGUCGCCGCCGAGUCCCGCGAGCAGCAGUUAGAGAAAGCGUCCGUUACAGCGGUGCAGGCGCUGAGCGAACCCCUCCAGCACAUCCGUCGGGCUCUGGCGGAGGUGGAAGAACGGGCCACAGAGCAGGCUGAGGAGCUGAGCGGCGAGUCGCGCGCGGUGCUGGCCGCGCUGUCGCGGCAGGUGUCUGAGCUGGAGAAGGGCGUGGCCGCCGUGGAGCAGCAGGUGGCGCUGGAGACGACGGCGCACGACGAGGAGGCGCAGGCGCGGCUGGUGAGCGCGCUGGCGCGGCCCGCCGCCGAGCUCCAGCGCAGCCUGGAGCAGCUGGAGGCGCUGGAGCAGCUGGAGGCGCUGCCGCUGGAGGCGCGCCCGGCCGCCCUCUCCGGCGUUGCCGCCGCCAUCGCGCGGCCCGUCCAGGAGGUCCAGAAGAGCGUCGCCGCCCUCGAGCAGAGCGUCGUCCUCCUGGAGAGCGUCGGAGAGCCGGAGGCCGUCAGGAAGAGGAGCCUCGAGUCGCUCAAGGCCGUCGUCACGCCGGUGGACGAGCUGCAGCGGAGCCUCACCCAGAUACAAGAGGAGAUGCAGGUGAAGCACGCACAGCAGGUGGAGUCCGCCGGCGCCGGCCUGGAGAUGGUGGAGUCGAUGGCGGAGCCCCUGGCGCAGCUGCAGCGCAACCUGGCGGCGCUGGAGCAGCGGGUCGCGGCGCAGGUGGUCGGCGACGAGGAGCAGCGGUCGCUGCUGCAGGAGGUGGCGCAGCCGCUGCACGACCUCCAGGCCGCGCUCGUCAGGAUAGAGCAGAAGGUGGCCCUGGAGACGGAGGGGGACAGCAGCGGCGGCGGCGGCGGCGGCGGUGGCGCGGAGAAGCAGGUGCUGCAGGCGCUGGCGCGGCCUGUGGAGGUGGUGCAGCGCGGCAUCACGCUGGUCGAGCAGCAGGUGAUCCUGGAGGCGAUGGGCGAGCCGCUGUCGCCCUCCGCCUGCGUCUCCGUGCUCGCCAAACUCGCCGAGCCGCUCACCGAGCUCCACAGGGGCGUCGCGCUCGUCCAGCAGCAGGUCGUGCUCGGAGAACGAGCAGAGGCCCUGUCUCAGAAGCCGGCAGCGGUAGCAGUGCUGGCUCGGCCUCUGGAGGAGGUGAGCCGCGGCCUCGCUCAGGCCGAGAUCCAGCACCUGCUGGAGGCUCCAGAGGCGACGCUGUCCAGCGCCAGCGACGUGGCCUCGCUCCUCCAGACGUUCGCAGAGCCGCUGCGCGAGCUGGAGAAGAACGUUGCUCAAGUGCAGCAGCAGGUGGCACUGGAGUCUAAGGGAGACUCGCUGGCAGACAGGACGUCAGCAUCCGUGCUGGAGACGCUGGCCCAGCCGCUGCGAGAGGUGCAGCGCGGCAUAGCGACGGUGGAGCAGCAGGCGGCGCUGGAGGCAGCCGGACGAGUGUCCGCUGCCGAGGGCCUUUCACUGUUGAAGGAGGUGGCGCAGCCUCUGAGGGAGCUGCAGCUCGCUGUGGCGACGGUGCAGCAGCAGGUCCUGAUGGAGGCCAAGGACGUUUCCAUCUCAGACGCGACCGACAUGUCUGACCUAAAGACUGAGGUGGCAUCGACAGAGGAGCCUCUCAGGCAGGUAGCUUCCAAGCAGCAGGCAGACGUUCUGGAGGCGAGGGACGCGUCACUGUCCGAAAAGGAGGGUGUGUCAGCGCUGAAGACAUUAGCAACUCCAGCUGAAGAAAGCAGACUAACAUUAGCAACAACAGAACAGCAGCUACUCAUGGAAGAAAAAGAGGUUUCUCUCUCUGGAAGGGAAGACAUUUCUGCUCUCAAGGCUCAAGCGACACCCCUCAAAGAAACACACACGGCUGCAGUGGCUGUCGAACAGCAGACUGUAUUAGAAGCGAAAGGUAUCUCACUUUCAGGAACUGCUGACGUCGCCGAGCUAAGGGAGACGGCUAAAUCAGCCGAAGAACCUCUGAAAGCUGUUGCCACAGUACAAGAACACGUUAUCUUGGAAGCGAAAGACGAAUCUAUCUCUGAUGGCACAAACGUCUCGCAGAUGGAAACCUUAGCUUCUGUGUCCGACGAACCCAGCCGCCAUGUCGCCGGAGUACUGCAGCAAACUGCUUUAGAAGCGAGGGACGCAUCUAUUGCUGAGCAGCUCGGUGCAUCAGAACUGAAAACUGCGGCUGUUUCCUCAGAAGAGCAGCGAAAAGGUAUAGCCACCACUCGAGAGGAAAUAAUCUUAGAAGGGAGAGAGCAGUCACUGUCUGAUCAGGAGAGUGUUUCACAACUGCGAACAGAGGCGUUGGAAUUGUCAGAAGCUCAAAAGGGAAUUGCGGUAGCUGAACAGCAAGUGUCACUCGAAGCCAGAGAGCAGUCUCUCUCUGACAAAGAGGGCGUGUCUCGUUUGAAAGAAGUGGCUGCGCCCGGUGUAGAGUUACGGGAGGGCGCCGUCUCGUCUGAGCAGCCAGUGGCUCUAGAGACAGCAGGACACAUUACGUCAGAAGCAGAGAGUCUCUCACAGCUGAAAGCAGCGGCGAAGUCUGCCCAUGAACUGCGUCACGGAAUCGCAACUGCAGACGAACAGACUGUGCUCGAGGCUGCUGGCCAAAGUAUUUCUGAGGAAAGUGGCAUAUCUAAGCUAAAAACGGCGGCAAGUCCUACAACAGAAGCUCACAAAAUAUUAGCUACAGCACAGCAAGAGACGGUUCUCGAGGCGAGGGACGAGUCGUUCUCUGAAGCUGGAGGUCUAUCUGAGCUGAAAAAGCAAGCUGCAUCCGGCCAGGAAUCGCUGAAACAGGCUGCUGUAGCUACUCAACAUGAUGUAAUGGAAACCUUUAAAGAGUCGGCAGUGGGGGAAAAAGCGGAGGCCGAACCGAAGACCUUCGCAGUGGCCUCUCAAGAGCCGACGAGAGAAACUGCUGUAGCAGAACAGCAGCAAGUCCUGGAACAGAGAGAGGCGUCACUGUCGGAAGAGCCGAGUUUGAGCCAGCUGAAGACGACUGCCGAGUCGCUAAAGGAAGAGCUCAAGGCAGUGGCCGUCGCAGAGCAGCAGGUCGUUCUCGAAGGUAGGGCCAAGUCGCUGGCAGACGAGGCCAGCCUGUCGCAGCUCGAGACGCUGGCGAUGCCGGCGUCGGAGCUGGCGAAAGAGACGGCAGUUGCGGAACAACAGGUGGUGCUAGAGGGCGGGGAAGUGGCCAUGGCCGAGGAGGCGAGCGCGUCCCAGCUGCAGGCGCUGGCUCGUCCAGCGGAGGAGCUGCACCGCGCGCUCGCUGCCGUCGUGCUGCAGACGACGCUGGAGGAGGCUGGAGAGGCUGUCCCCGCUGCGCCGCUGCUGGAGGCUCUGGCGCAGCCGCUGCGGGAGCUCAGGCAGGGGCUGGCCGUCGUCGAGCAGCAGCUGCCGCUGGAGCACGCGGCCCACCGACCGGAACCGACCCCAGCUGAGGCCUUAUUUGCGGUUGCGCGCCCGGUACACGAUCUGCUGGAGGCGGUGGCGGCGGCGGAGCAGGUGGUGCUGGAAGGCGCUGGAGGCGGCAGUCCUGUGGAGGCGGCGGCGGCGCUGCACGCGCUGGCCGCGCCGGUGCAGCAGCUGCAACGCGCGCUGGCGGCGGCUGAGGCCGUGGCGCAGGGCGGCCCGCCUCUGGAGGCGGCGCAGCAGCUGCCGCCCCAGCAGCUGGAGGCGCCGCAGCUGGCGCGCGUGCUGACGCAGCUGCAGCGCGACCUGGCCGUCGUCUGCCGCCACGACCACGACCUGCUCGAGGCCGCCGCCUCCGACGACGACGACGCCACGCUGCGCACCGCCGACCUGCCCACGCUCGCCUCUUCCGGGGAAGCCUCCGGCGCCAUCGCCGUGGCCGACAGGCUGUCAGUGGUGACGCUGGAAGGCGACUUGGACACACUGUCGGACCGCACGGAUUCGGCGACGGCGGCCGUGUCGGGGGCGGAGCCCCGCCUCGCCGUGGCCGCCGUGCAGCGGGUGGCCGUCGUGGAGGCGGAGGAGGUGCCGGCGCAGGAGGCGGCGCUCGCGCCCGCGGUGGCGCUGCCGGAGGCGGCGGUGGCGGCCGUGGCGGCGGUGGGGGCGGCGGGCCGCGAGGCGGCCGUCGCGCUGCAGCAGAGGCCGCUGUCCGCCGCGACGUCGCUGGCCGACGUCAGCGGCGCGGGCGUGGAGCUGGAGGCGCGCGCGCAGGAGCUGACGGAGCAGCGGCCGCGGGCCACGGUCGCCGAGCACCGCGUCGCCCGCGGAGAGCCGCGGGAGGGCGCCGAAGGCCAGCAGGCCGAAGCGCGGAGGUCUGGGGGCGAAGAGCAGGUGGACAUUACGCAGAAGGCGGAGGACGAACGAGGUCUGGCAGCCACUGAGUCCUCAACACAGGAAGACACUGGAAAAGAACAGCUGACUGAGGAAGAAAGACGUAAAGAGCUGACUGCAGAAAAAGUCGACAAGGAAUCUGAGAAGGCACUGCUGAAGGAUGAUGCAGCUAAGCAAGAAGAACAGCCAAAAGUUGUUGCGGAAAAAGCAGGCAAGGAAACAGAAGAAGAUAAGAGUAAAAUUGACGAAACGAAAGCCGAAGCAGCGCUGAAAUCUAAGACCAAAACAAAAACUGAAAUAGAGACUAAAACUGAAAUAGAAAAAUUGGAAUCGGAGAAAGAAGGAAAGGAAAUACAAGAACAAGAGCUGAAGGAUAAAGAAAAGAAAACAAAGGUCGAUAAAACUGAAGUUGAGACAAAAGAAGCUGAAGAAAGUAUGGCUGCAGGAAGAACAGAACACGAAAUUAAGCCUAGAGAACAAGUGACAGAAGCGAAGGAUAGAACCGACGUGGAAGUAGAAGAACUGCAAGGUGACAAAACUAAAGAAAAAGCAAUACAACAGACUACCACUAAGGGAACAAUUGACGAUCGCGAAGUGUCCGAGCAAGUGAAAGACACAGACAGAAGACAGGACAAAGUCGAAAUUCAGACAGAGACAUUCCCUGUAAAAGAAGUUGAUGACAAGAAUAAACAGAAAGUGGAUUUGAAAACACCAGAUAAAUCUACUGAAAGCAUGGAUGAAAAUAAAGCAAAAGAAAUUGAUAUGAAGGAAGAAGUGCAGCUAAGGGGAAAGGAAGAAAAGAUACCAUUGGAUGAUAUUACAGAAAAAAGAAAAAUUUCUGAAACACCUGAUGAUACUGGAAAGGAAGAGCUCAAGAGGAAGGCUAGUCCAAAGGGUAAGAAACUCUCACCCAAGAAGAAAACUGAAGAAUUAAAAACUGAUGUCGACGGAGAAAUGAAAACUGCGCAGAAGCCAGCUGCUGCAAGUAAAGAAGCUUUAGAGGAUAAAGAGGAAGAACAACAGAUAAAACCAUUAGACGACGUCGAGGAAAUGAGAAAAGAGGAAGAACAAAAGAAAAGCGCAUCAAAGUCUGAGAAAUCUGAUGCUAAAACAGAAGACCUUGAGAAGAAGGAAGCUCCAAUGCUUAAGAAACUGUCGCCUAAGAAGAAACAACAAGAAGAAAGUAAAACUAAAGUUGAAACACCGAAGAAAACCGUUGAGGAAUCAGGUGAUAAAGAUAAACGAGGAUUCGAGCAAAACUUGAAAGAUGAACGUGGAAAGCCGUUAGCUGAUAUUAAAGAAAAUAAGAAAGAGGAAGAUACUAAAAAAAGUGAGCUAACAUCUGAAAGAAAUGAGAAGGCUAAAGCAGAGGAACUCAGAAAGGACAGUCCAAUUCUGAAGAAACUCUCACCUAAGAAGAAAAAAGAAGGAGAGAAGACCAUGCCUAAAGAUGAGGAAAAACAGAAAACUGCAGAAGAUUCUGAUCUUAAGAAUAAAGCAGAGUUAGACCAGAUAUCGGAGGUAACAAAAUCUCUUGACGAUAUUGCAGAAAAGCAAAAAGAAGAAGACAAGAAGAAAAGUGAUCUGAAAACUGAUAAGGGUCAGGAAGACGCAACAGAAGAAAUCAAGAGGAAGGAAAGUCCAAGACUUAAGAAGUUGUCACCAAAAAAGAAAAAAGAAGGAGAGAAAAGUGUCUCUAAAGAUGAGGAAGAACGGAAAACCACAGAAGAAGCGGAUGUGAUAAACAGAGGGGAGGUUGAUGAGAAAUCGAAGGAAAUAAUUAAAUCUCUUGAUGAUAGCGCAGAAAAGCAGAAAGAAGAAGAGAAGAAGAAAAGCGAUGUGAAAUUGGAAAAGGACCAGCAAGCUACAACAGAAGAACUCAAGAGGAAGGAAAGUCCAAGCCUUAAGAAGCUAUCACCAAAAAAGAAAAAAGAAGAAGAGAAGAGUAAAGCAAAGGAAGAGGAAAAUCUGAAGGAAAGUAAAAUAGAAAAGAAACUAGAAGACCAGAAAGAGAUACAGGAUACAAAAAGUGAAACGGUUAAGAUAACAGAAGAUGCAGAAGUAAUUGCGAAAAAGAAAGAAGAUACUAAAGAUGGAAAAACACAGAAAGAUGAUAAAGUAGAAGAGAAGAAACAUACAGAAGUUGUAACUACGGAUAUAAGCGUUGAGCAGCAGAAAAAGGAGGAAAGUGAACAGAUGCAAUCGAAACAUCGUGAUGAACAAGCAAAAAUGACCGAUGAACAGGAAGGUGAAAAAGUUUAUCGUAAGGGGGUCUCAGAAAGUAAAAAACAAGAGCAAAACUUGAAGAAAGAAGUUCCAGGUGAAGCAACAAUAAAAGAAGUGCAAACAAGUGAAAAAGAGGUACCGAAACAAGAAUGUGAAAAGCAAGCAGCAGAGAAACUGAAGGAGGAUGGCAAACAGAAACAAGAUGAAAAAGAAAUUGAUGAAGUUGGUAAUCGGAAGGGCACUAAAAAAGACGAAUCAAAAUCAAAGAAGAUAAAAGAGUCCCUGUCAGAAACGGUAGUGAAAAAAGAAAAAGAAAAGACUGAAGAUAAAUUAGAAGACCAUAAGGCAGUAAUUACAAAAGAUGGAGAAGGAAUGCAGGAAUAUGCAGAUGUAAAGCUCAGGGAAAAGAAAGAAGUAGAAGAUGAGACGCAGAAGUCGAAAAAAGAAGAAACUGACAAACUCAAACGCAAGGAUUCUAAGGUGAAGUCAAAGGAGAAGGAAUAUGACCUAAAGAAGGAGAAAGAAGAAGAGAAGAAAGAGCAAACAACCGAAGCUGACAAGCGUGAAGAUUCAAUUACAAUUUCAAAAUCGAAACAGGCCGCAGAGCAAAAGCAAGAUGCUACAGAUGGAACAACGGAAAACAAGAGUAUUAAGCAAAAGCAAGACGUCGUCCAGAGAGAUAUGGGAAAGGAAGAAGAGAGCAGUAAACAGGAGCCUGCAGAAAGGAAACAAGAAGAAAAGAAAAGUAGCGAGCAAAGAGAGACCGAAGAGAAGGAAAAGGUCCCACAGGUUAAGAAACGCGGUAGCACAAAGAAAGAGGUGUCUGAGUCAAAGGACAGUCAGAAAACAGCUAAAUUAGAGGCUAAAAAAGAUAGUGGAGAAUCUGAAGGAAAACCAGGCGAACGCGAACUGGGAGUAGAAGAAGCGAUAAAGGAAAAAGAGGAUGCGAAACGAGAGAGUAAAGUGGACGAAACUUUUGUGUCUAAAAGCAGCAGGGAGGAAAGUGGAAAGGUUGAUGGAGAAGAAAGGACGAAGAAACGGGAAAGAGAGACCAGUGAAAAAUUAAUUGAUGAUAAAGCAAAUGAGAAGAAGACUGUGAUCAAAGAACAGGCAUCAAAAGUGUCAGAGAGAGAAGUUAAGGAGAUAAAGGAAGUAAGUGGUAAGGAAAAGGACACAAGUGAAACUGAAACUGAAGGUAAGGUAAGAAAAAGAAGAUCAGUUAAAGACAAGGUGGAGAGGAAAGGUGAAGAAGAGCCAGUGAGCGACACUGGUAUCACAAAGGGAGAGGACUCAGUGGCAGACAGCAAGUCCUACGCAGCCGAAAAAAUGAGCGACAGGAUAUUGGCGAGAAAAGAGGGUGUUGCCGACGAAUCCGACGUCUCCUCUAGGAGGAGAGAGGUUGGGGCGGACAGGGCCCGUUCUGAAGAGGUCGAGGAUUCGGACACGCUUAGCGGGCCCGGGGCAACCCUGCUCCCGGAAGACUCUGACAUCUCCCUGGAGGAGCCGUCGUCGCGCUGGCAGCGCCGGCGUCCCUGGAGAACCGAAGAACGGUCCAGGUCCUCCGACAGCAGCGCCACCAUCACCUCCAGCAGUGGCCGCCGCCCCAGGCUCGACAUGCUGAGCAGCUCGGCGAGCAAGCCGCAGUUCGUGACGCGGCUGCGCGAGCGCAGCGCGGCGGCGGGCUCGCGGCUGCGGCUCGUGUGCUGCGCGCUGGGGUCGCCGGCGCCCGCCUUCCGCUGGCUCAAGGACGGCCGCGAGCUGCCGGCGGGCGAGCGUCGCCGCUACCGCACCGCCUGCGACCACUCGGGCCUCGCCACGCUCGAGAUCUUCAGCGCCGCGCCGGAGGACGCGGGCACCUACUCGUGCGAGGCCUCCAACGAGGCCGGCUGGGCCUCCACCAGCGCCGAGCUCCGCGUCACCGACCACCUGCAGCCGACGCCCGCGCCGCCCACCUUCACCAGAGCCAUCCGCGACUCGUACCGCUCCAGCGAGGACGAGCUGGUGCUGGAGUGCCGGGUUCGCGGCUCGCCCGCCCCCGCUGUCAGCUGGCUGAAGGACGGGCGGCCGCUGCCGCUGGCGGGCUCCGGCGCCGCCGACGCGGACGUCGACGACCGCUUCUCGGCCAGCGAGCUGGCCGGCGGCGUGUGCCGGCUGGUGGUGCGCGCCCCCUCCGCCCACGCCGACAGCGGCCUCUACACCUGCGUCGCCCGCAACGAGCUCGCCGAGGAGCGAGUCUCCGCCAACGUCGUCUUCCCAGGUCGUGACCAGUGGCCAGAGGGACCUGCAGACUUCCGAAGACCUUAUUUUACUAGUGCGCUCUCCGAUCACUACGUCUCCAGCGGCGCCACCAUUGCACUACAGGUCCAGAUCGCUGGCUCGCCGCAGCCGGCGGUCUCGUGGACGCUGGACGGGCACCCGCUGCGGCCGCCGCUGGCGCGCAGCUGGGAGGAGUCCGGCGUGCACACGCUGCUGCUGAGCGGCGCCGCGACGCCCCGCGACGCCGGCGUCUACCGCUGCCGCGCGCACAACGCCUGGGGCGUCGCCGAGUCGGCGGCGCGCGUCAUGGUGGCGGAGGCGGCGCGCGGCGCGCGGCCGGCGCUCUUCAUCACCCGGCCGGACUCCGACGUGAGCGCCGCCGUCGGCGAGGACGUCAGCGUCUCCUUCCGCGUCACCGGCGAGCCCAAGCCGCAAGUGACGUGGUCGCACGGUCUCCGCGACGUCACGCACAGCGCACGCAGCCUCAAGGAGACGAGCGACGACUACGUGCGCCUGACGCUCAAGCGCGCGCGGCCCUCAGACGCCGGCACCUACUGCGUGCUGGCGCGCAACGUCUACGGCUGCGACCGCGCCUUCUUCACGCUCAAGGUCCGACAGAGAGCCCGUUCCUUGACACCAGGAGCAGAGUCACGUCUGCGAGACACCACCGAAGAGAUCCUGAGGGACAUCAGGGAUUCCGAGGAGAGAGAACGGCGGAAAGAUGUGCCGGUGGCGAUCUCGGCGGAGCCGGUGGUGUCCGACCAGGGCCGCAACUGGCUGACGCUGACGUGGCCCAAGUGCGAGGCGCGCGGUGGCGUCCCCGUGCUGGCCUACCGCGUGGAGGCGUGGCAGCUGGGAGGCGACGCCGCUGGCUGGACAGAGUUGGGCGUCUCGCCGAUCAACAGCUACGACGCGUUCAACCUGAAACCCGGCGCCGAGUACAGGUUCCGAGUGACGCCGCGCAACCGCUACGGCUGGGGCGAGUCGGUGGCCACCAGCGCCCCCGCCACCGUGGGCCGGGUGCACGAGCUGCCAGAGUUCGUCGCCAUCCUGCCGGGCCAGCUCAAGGCGCUCGCCGGCUCCGACGUCACGCUGGAGUGCCAGGUGCGCGGGGAGCCGGCGCCCGAGGUGCGCUGGUACCGCGACGGCUGCGAGCUGGAGGAGGAUGCGCCGCGGCUGACGCUGCAGCAGGAGGGCGGCCGCUGCCGGCUGGUGCUGCGCGCCGCCUCAGAGGCGGACGCCGGCCGCUACAUGUGCGACGCCGCCAACAGCGUCGGCCGCGUCUCCACGUUCGCCCGCCUCCAGGUCGUCCACGACCCCAGCCUGCUCGAGGCCGACUCCAAGCUCAAGAGGGAGGCGGCGGAGGCGGGCGAGGGCGUGGAGGCGGCGCCGCAGUUCACGAUGCGGCUGCGCGACCGGCGCGUGCAGGUGACCUACCCGGUGCGGAUGACCUGCCAGGUGGCCGGCUGGCCCGCCCCCACCGUCACCUGGUCCAAGGACGGCGCCGACGUCACGCCCGACGACCGUCGCUCCAUGACGAGCGACGAGGCCAGCUUCCACACGCUGGAGCUGUCGCACGCGGCGCUGGAGGACUCGGGCGAGUACUGCGCGACGGCGCGCAACGCGCACGGCGCCGUCUCGUGCCGCGCCACGCUCGUCGUCGACAAAGGCAUCCGCGCCUACGUCGCGCCCGACUUCGUCUUCGAGCUGGAGCCCGCCGCCGCCGCCGUCCCAGAGGGCGGAGAGCUGCGCCUGCGCGCCCAAGUCGAGGCCUACCCCGCCGUCGGCGUCAUGUGGCACCGCGACGGGGUGCGCCUGCGGCCGAGCCGGCGCGCCGUCAUGACCCUGGACCACGACGGCGCGGUGCAGCUGUCGCUGGGCGGCGUGACGCGCCGCGACGCCGGCGUCUACACGUGCACCGCCACCAACGCCGUGGGCCGCGCAGAGACCAGCGCCACCGUCACCGUGCUGUCCGCCGACGCCGACGCCGCCCCCGCCACCGACGACGACGCCACCACCGACUCCGUGCAGCGGACGCCGCAGCUGCUCACGCCGGACGUACCGUACUCUCAGGAGCCGAUGUUCCUGACGAAGCCGCGCUCGUCCGAGGCUCGCGAGGGCGACACCGUAGUCAUCCAGUGCGAGGUGGUGGGUGACCCCAAGCCCGACGUCUUCUGGCUGCGAGACUUCCUCAAGACCGACUACUACCGAGACGCGGCCCACUUCCGCCGCCAGGGAGACGGCCCGUCCUACCAGCUGGAGAUCCCGCACGCCAAGCUAGACUUCACCGGCGCCUACUCCGUCGUCGCCCGCAACUGCCAUGGGGAGGCCAAGGCCGUGAUCUCGCUGCAGAUCUACGCCAAAGGCCAGGGCAAGGAGGACGGCAUGGAGCCGAGCAGCGUCACGUACGGCCGCGUGCAGACGCUGCCGUGCGUGCGGCGGGCGCUCACCGACCGCCGCUGCUGCGACGGCGACGCCGUGACGCUGGAGUGCCGCGUGUCCGCCACGCCGCUGCCCGACGUCCGCUGGGAGAAGGACGGCCGGCUGAUCCCGCUGGGCGGCGACUUCGUGGCUGAGGUGGACGGCGAGUCGGCGCGGCUGAGCAUCGCGCACGUCUUCCCCGAGGACGAGGGCCAGUACACGUGCGUCGCCUCCAACGCGCUCGGCUCCGCGCGGACCUCCGCCUGUCUGCUCGUCGACGUGCCGGAGGAGAAGGAGACGCUGCUGUCGAGGCAGCUGUCGCGGCCGCCGGCGCUGCUGUCCGCGGGUUCGACUCCCCGCUCCACACCCAGGACCACGCCCACCAGGAGCCAGUCGCCGACCGUCUCACGCGGCGCGCGCGACGCCUCGACGCCGGAGCGGCGGCCGACGCCGGCGCCGUUGCGGCGGGCGCGCGCCGCGGCGCCGCCGCGCUUCUACGCCGUGCCGCACAACCGCGUGGCCGAGGAGGGCGAGACGGUGCGGCUGCAGUGCGCGUGCACCGGCCACCCGCAGCCCUGGACCACGUGGCACAAGGACGGCCGCGAGCUGGCGCACACGGCGCGCCUGCGCGCCUCCGAACGCGACGACCUGCGAGUGCUGGAGAUCCGCGACGUGAGGCGCGAGGACGCCGGCCUCUACCGCGUCACGCUCGAGAACGCGCUCGGCCGCGUCCAGGCCUCGGCGCGCAUCGACGUCGUCGAGCGCCGCGGCCGCAGCAGCUCGGGCGCGCGCGCCUGGAGCGCGUCGCCCCGCGCGUCGCCCACGCCGGGCCGCCGCCUGGGGCCGGCCCCGCAGCUGAGCGCCUACCGCGCCGCCGCCGCCGCCCCCAGCGCCUACUCCGGCUACUCCUACUACAGGCGCCCCGUCGCCGGCGCCGGCGACGACCAGCCGAUGGACGGCGACGUCGAGGAGGGGGCGGCGGGGGUGCGCCAGCAGCAGCAGCAGCAGCAGCCGGUGUUCGCAGAGCCGCUGCCGGCCGCCUGCACCGCCGUCGAGGGCUCGCCGCUGGAGCUGCGCGUCCGCCUACACACAGAGGGCGAGCAGCUGUCGGUGACGUGGUCCCGCGAGGGCGUGCCGCUGCCCGACUGUCGCGACUUCCGGUACGGCCGCGGUCCGGCGGGCCGGCGCUCGCUGCUGCUGUGGGACGUCUUCCCGGAGGACGCCGGGCUCUUCCGCUGCGAGGCGCGAGACGAGGGAGGCCGCGUGCUCGCCGUCUCCUGCACCAGGCUCUCCGUCCUCACAGACUGCGAGGCGGCAACGUCCCCCGCGGGUGACGGCAUACCCCAGCAGCAGCGGGCGGCCGCCUUCGUGAAGAGCCCUUCGCCAGUGAUGGCGCGACCCGGCGCCAGCGCCAGCUUCGUGGCGCGCGUGUCUGACCCGCGCGCAGCCGGCGACGUCGUCUGGACUGUGGCCGGCCGCGACGCUGUCACCUGCCCCAGGUGUCACGUGGAGACGACCGGCGACGAGAGCGUGCUGACGGUGCACGGCGUGCAGCCGCAGGACGGCGGCGCCGUCGAGUGCUCGCUGGCCGGCGGCGGCGCGGGGGCGGCUGCGGCCGCCUGCCUCACCGUGCUGCAGCCGGAGGAGGAGGAGGAGGAGGAGCAGGGGGGAGGGGAGCCGGCGGCCGUGACGCGCGGCCCGCGCGACGUGGUGGCGCUGCGCGGAGACACGGCCGUGCUGAGCGCCGCCUUCCGCGGCACCCCGCCGCCCACCGUGCGCUGGCUGAGGGCGGGCCGCGAGCUGUCGGCGGGCGGCAGGCUGAGCAUCGAGACGGCGGCCGGCGAGUCUCGGCUGACGCUGUCUCGCAUCACGGCCGACGACAGCGGCAAGUACGUCGUGUGCGUGGCCAACGAGCUCGGCGAGGACCGCCACUACGCCUCGCUCGCCGUCGAAGGGCCCCCUGACCCCCCCAAGGGCCGGCCCAGCGUGUGCGCGGUGAGCCGUGGCCCGGACUGCCACGGCGCGUGCGCGCUCGUCGCGUGGUCCAGCUCGCCCUACGACGGCGGCUGCAUCGUCACCGGCUACAGCGUCGAGAUGCGCCGCGCAGACCAAGACCACUGGACCACCGUCGCAGACAGCUGCCUGUCGCUGUCGCACCACGUGUCGGGCCUGCGCGAGGGCCGCGACUACCACUUCCGCGUUCGCGCCCACAACCGCCACGGCGCCAGCGAGCCCGGCCUCGAGACGCCGCCCUUCGCAGCUGCGCGCGUCGCCACACCAGACGAGGUUAAGCUGGAGGAAGAAGACGUCCCGGAGGAAGAAGACUGGGACGCGGAGGAAGUGUCUGCAGGGGGCGACUUCGCGUCCGGCUACGAGGUGCUGCAGGAGCUGGGCAAGGGCAGGUACGGCGUGGUGCACCUGGUGCGCCACCGGCGCUCGCAGCGCCUCUUCGCCGGCAAGUUCCUGCGCUGCGUGAAGGCGGCCGACCGCGACAAGGCGCGCGCCGAGGUAGACAUCAUGCGCCGCCUCAGGCACCCCAAGCUGCUGCGACUCGCCGCCGUCUUUGAGGCGCCGCGCGAGGUCGUCGUCGUCACCGAGUAUAUAUCUGGAGGUGAGCUGUUUGAGAGAGUAGUCGCAGAUGACUUCACAUUAACUGAAAGAGACUGUGUGCUCUUUAUGCGUCAAAUAUGCGAGGGAGUCCAGUAUAUGCACCAGAAUUCUGUUGCACAUCUUGAUCUGAAGCCAGAAAACAUCAUGUGCCGUACACGUACAUCUCACCAGAUCAAGCUGAUCGAUUUUGGUCUUGCAAGAAUCUUGACACCAGGGAAACCAGAGAGAGUUCUGUUUGGCACUCCUGAAUUCAUACCACCAGAAAUUAUAAAUUAUGAGCCCAUUGGUUUUGAAUCAGAUAUGUGGUCUGUUGGCGUUAUCUGCUACGUCCUGCUGUCCGGCUUGUCACCAUUCAUGGGUGACAAUGACAUAGAGACAUUUGCCAAUAUAACGAGAGCAGAUUAUGAUUUCGAUGAUGAAGCUUUUGAUGCAAUUUCUCAGGAUGCCAAAGAUUUCAUCAGUGAACUUCUAGUAAAGAGAAAAGAGAAAAGGUUGACUGCUGAACAGUGUCUGCAACAUCGCUGGUUAACACAGAUGACAGAUGCAAUCAGCUGUGUCAGGCUGUGUACUGACAAACUUAAAAAAUUCAUUAUACGGCGCAAGUGGCAGAAAACAGGCAAUGCAAUUCGUGCUCUGGGUCGAAUGGCUACCUUGUCAGCUGCAACGAGACGCAAUUCGACAGCUAGUGGAGGUGGAAGCUCACCUCGACCCAGCCUUUCAGGACCGGAUGAGGUAGCAGUAGUUGCUGCUGCAGGAUCCAACAAUCGGCGGCCUCGAGCCUUCAGUGAGCGCAGUGACAGUGGUAUAAGUGACUGCUCUGUCAGUGUACCCUAUGCAGCAGGGUCUCGUUGUCUAGCGGUCACUGAAGAACACGAGGAAGAAGAGGAAGGUAACACAGGUAGUGAAACUGACAAUGAGAGUACUUGUGCAGCUAGAAGCAGCAAAACUGCAGGAGAGCACUCAACAGAUAGUUUUGUGACCAAAAAUGUUGAAUGUCUGGAAGUUCUCUCUGAGAAAAUAGACAAUAUUGCAGUGGACGGAACAGAGGAAUCUGAGAAUAAUACCGAAAUUGCACUGUCCCUGACAAAUAGUGUAACACCUGUUAAGAACUUAAAAUUUGCUAUGGGAGAUGAUAACAAGGAUGAUGAUUGUGACAUUAAUGAUUUUAAUUAUUCUUCCACAGCCUCCAUGCCCUCCAGCUGUAACAAGAAGACAGCCAGCCUGAAGCACCAGAAUUCUGCAGAUUCUGGAGUGCACCUUGAGGUGGUAAGCAGCAGCAGCAGGAACUCCUGCAGUGGCACCGUUAAGAGCAAGGUGACAGCAUUCCAGCAGAUGGCCAGUGCUGGGAACCGUUCUCCUGUCACAGGUGAAAUGGCAAAAACUCACUCUGGAUCUGCUAUUACUGCCUCAAGAGAACACAGCACCAACUUCCAGAAAGCAGCCGCUUUCUGGAAGAGGUAGCACAGAACAAUAAAUAUGUGCAUUAGUACAAAGUGCAGCUGUCUUUCUGUGAAUAUGAACUAUUUAUAUGUUGAUAAGUUAUUAAUAACUGUACAAUAAUUUGGCAACUCAAAGCAUGUUUAAAUCUAAAUUACAAUGAAUUCCAUCAUGCCAUAUACUGUCUAAAGAUAUAUUCAAUGAUGAACAAUAUAAACUACUACAAAUGUGUUUUUUUUAAUUAUUUCUUCGUGGAAAAUUUGCUGUUUUGCUCGUUGUCAAGUGUGCAUGUUCAUAUAAACUUUUGUUGUUUGAAUAUUGCAAAAGUUUGUGAUUUGUACAUAGCCAGUACCUCAGUUUCUGUAACAUCCAUUUCAAAAUAUGUAUGUUCCCGUCAGUGUAUAGCAUAGUCAACCAUUAGCACUCUACCUGUUCACAAAUACAAAAAGCUGAACUGUAAUGUUCUUAAACCAAAUUUAAAAUAAAACUUAUGAUACUGUCA